CUAGUUUCAGUUGCAGUACAAGUGUAUAUAGAACUUAUGUAAGACACUAGUUCUAUGUUAAGAUGCUUAUUUCAAUGUCAGAGAAACAGAGAAGUACAUAACGUAACAUAAGCUUGUUUCUGUUACAGAUCCUCCUUUUGAGCAGUUCCCUGUUGCAGCCUCUUUGCCUCAGUUUCUGGAUGUGGAGAACGUGAAAUUAAAAAAAUGAUCUACCAAGAUUUUUGUGAAGUAUUUUUCUCAUGGAUGAAUUUUCCAUUUUGACUGUAAAAAUUGAGACAAACAUGCCUAAGGUUAGGCACUUUAACUUACACCAAAAUGUUUCUGGAAGAUUGCAGUUUUUGAGGUUAAAUUGAGAGAUGGAACCACAACAAGAAAUGGAGUGGAAUGAAGCCCAGAAGAUUGGAAUGAGUGUUGACCUUGUAGCUGUGGCAAAAAAGCAGCUUCAGUUUCUUGCUGCUGUUGAUAGGAACCGUCAACUCUAUGAUGGUCUUGCCCUUGAGAGGGCUAUCUAUAGGUAUAAUGCUUGUUGGCUUCCUUUGCUUGCCAAACAUUCUGAGUCUCAGAUUUUUGAAGGCCCUUUGGUAGUUCCUCUUGACUGUGAAUGGGUUUGGCACUGUCACAGGCUUAACCCGGUAAGGUACAUAUCUGACUGUGAAGAACUUUAUGGACGGAUACUUGACAACUUUGAUGUUGUCUCUACUGUUGAAGGAAUUUGUGUCAAGCAAACUGAAGAAAUCUGGAAUAAACUGUAUCCUGAUGAACCCUACCAUGCUGAUUUGAUUAGUGUUUUUCCAGAGGAUAUCUCUGAAAGAUUUGCCAAGCUUGAAAAAUACACCAAAUAUGAUCUGAUUUCAGCUGCUAAGAGGCAGAGUCCGUUCUUCUACCAGGUAUCAAGAUCCCACAUGAAAAAUGAUCUCUUUAUCAAGGAAGCUGUGGCCAGAUAUAAAGGCUUUUUGUAUCUUAUCAAGAGAAACAAGGAGAAGGGUAUAAAAUUCUUUUGUGUUCCGACAUAUGACAUUGACCUAAUCUGGCACUCUCACCAGUUACAUCCGAUUUCAUAUUGUAAAGACCUGAAUGAAGCACUUGGAAAAGUUUUGGAACACGAUGAUACAGACUCAGACAGAACUAAAGGAAAGAAACUGGAUGUUGGUUUUUCUGGAACCACCAAACAGUGGAAAGACACAUUUGGUACAGGAUAUUGGAAGGCUGGAGCAAUGUAUAGGGGUAAUGCACCAUCUCCUAUCACAAGUAACCCUUUUUCUUCUAGCAUGAUUUGCAAGAAGGUUGUUUCUUCCAAUGAGCACCUACAAGAAAUUUUGCUACAAGAACGGAAAGUUGUUGAGGUUCUUUUGGAGUUUGUUGGGGUUAAAAACUUGCCAGAGGGACAUGAAGGAGAUCUAUUUGUUUUAUUUUCAAAAUCACAGCCUGAUCUAUUCUUUGAUGCUAAAAGGAGACUGAGUAUUUUGUCAGAGUCUAAAGAGAAACAAGUUGCAUCUUUCCAGUGUGAACCUACAGGGGAGCUGAUUUUUGAACUCAUGUCCUCUUCUUCUUCCAAGUUAUCAAUAAGGAAGUCAACAAAGACGCUUGGUUCUGCUUCUUUCUCUAUGAAAGACUAUCUUGACCCAGUUUCAAAACUCUAUUUUGAGAAAUGGUUGGAGUUGGUGCCAAGUUCUGGUACUAUGAGCUCAAAGCCAAUCCUGCUACGAGUAGCCAUCUCAUUUACUGUCCCAAUUCCUGCCCCAUACACACUCGAAAUGACUCAAUCUCGUCCAUUUUCCAAAAUUACAUGUCUCUUCAACCUUCCUGUUAAGCCUCAACAUGCCAAGAGCUGGACACAUGUCACAGAUGAAAGUGGCACCAGAAUCAUCAGCCUUCAAAUGAGGGAUUUGAAGAAUGCAAAGAACGCAGGAAAUCCUGGAAAAGAGGUUGUUGGCCUCAUGAAGUCUGGUGAAACUCGCACUCUUGCUGAGUUUAUGGAAAAUGGAUGGUCUGUUUUGGAGAAUCUUUGGUUGUUUCACCUUCCAAACAAAUGCACAAAUGAUGGGCAUCUUUUUGAGCUUACGGGUACCAAGACGGUGAAAAUUUUUCCCGGAAGAAAGUUAGAAUAUGAACUGAGUCACAAUGGGAAAAGGGGAAAUGAAAUGGACUUCUUAACAGCAGUUGAAUUCUCCACAGUAGAUCCUUAUGGGAAAGCAGUAGCAUUGCUUGACUUGAGAUCUAGAUUUGUCAAGUCUAAGGAAAAAUGGAUGGUGCUGCCUGGAAUCAUUCUGGCUUUUAUUGCUUCUAACUUAAUGAAAAAGGAAGGAUAUGAAGGCAUCAUAGCUAAAAGUAAAGAUAUGAAGGUGAAUGUCCCGAACGAGGAAAAUAUGAGGACAGUCUUGACUGGAAUGGAGUUGAAUUGUAAUGGAGAUGCAGUGAAAAGUGGCGGUUGUGGGGGGUGUGGUACUGGUUGUGGCGGAGGCUGUGGAAGUAUGAUUAAGAGUAGUGGUUGCGGUGGUUGCGGUGCAGGCUGUGGACGAGGGUGUGGAAGUUUUGUGAAGAGUGGUGGUUGCGGUGGUUGUGGUGGAGGCUGUGCAGGAGGGUGUGGAAGUAUGGUGAAGAGUGGUGGUUGCGGUGGUGGUUGUGGUGGAGGCUGUGGAGGAGGGUGUGGAAGUGUGAUGGAGAGUGGUAGCUGCGGUGGUUGUGGCGGAGGGUGUGGAAAUGACAACAUGAAGAAGAGCAGUGAGUGCGGUGGAGGAUGUGGUGGUGAUCUUGUUGAUAGUAAAUGCAGCAUUGAACACUUUUUGAGUGAGGAACCAAACUAUGCUAAAGAAGCAGCAGUAGCUGCAUGAAGCAUGUUGCAUGAUUAUGCAUGUUACCAUUGUAUAUAUCAACGUGUGUCUGAGAGCUUCUCACUCCCAGUUUCGCUUCUCUCCCAUUUAUGUCUUCAAAGAAAAUAGAAAAAUAAAGAGGAGAGAGUUGAAUAUAUGUAAUAAUCCAUUUUAAUUUCCCGUGUGUGUCCUUAAUUAUGCAUUUAUGCUCCUUAAGUUUAUGCAUAUGCACUGAAUAUGUAAGGAUAUUAAGAUAUUUUCAUGCAGUAGAAAUUCUACUUGUGUUUCAAAGUUUUUCUCCUUCGUUAUCGACUUGUAGAUUUUGGUAGCUAAUUUCGCUACUUGAAAAUAAACAAAAAUGCUGGUGAUUUUG